AUGGUCAUCGACUAUAACCACGCCGUCCUCACCAAAAAGAUCACGCAGCUGCUCGUCGAAGCCUACUUUCCCCACGAAGAUGAAAAGCCCACCGAGAUAUUCAACCGCUGUCUCUUGCUCGCACGGUCCAAAAAGAAUGCAAUCGUCGCGUUCUACUCGAACCUCGUCAACUUUGUUCCAGUCGUUUCCAUCGCCAAAACACUCGCUAUCAUAUUCAAAUUUAUAACCAGUAAAUUCAUCCCACUCUACCCUGAAAUCUCUUCCAUUCCAGUUAGUUCAAAAAAACAACCAUCCACAACCGCAACUGAAAAGAAAAAGAAUAGUAAAAAGAAAAAGAAUCAAGUAGAAAAGAAACAAGAGGUAGUGGAACAAGUGGAACAAGAGGAAGAGGAAGAAGGAGAACUUUCAUUGGAAGAUAUUGAAAACUUGUUAGAGAUUGCAAAGGUUGCUUUGGAAUCGAUCAAACCAAAGUUACAAGAACCAGACAAUGAGUUUGUUGUCCAAGGUCUGUUGAAAAAGUAUACCGAUGAAGGAUUCAUCCUAUUGUAUUCUUGGCUUUUCACAUCGGAUCUACCUCGUAUCGAUUCUAUUUGUAGUCUCAUCAAAAUAGCUUCUAUAUUUAGUAUUGAUAAUUUUCCAGUAUUUAAACAAGUUUUACUUCAAAAUUUUAAAGAGAUUGAUCAAUCAACACCAGAUCAAUUAAAAGAAACUUUAUUACUUUCAUUAUUUUCAUGGGAAAUUCCAGGUGAAGUUUUAAAUAUUAUUUUAGAGAAUUUAAAUUAUCCUAUUAAAUAUUUAAUGACUCAAAGAAAAAUACAAAAAGACCAUGAUGAUGAUGAUGACGAUGAUGAUUUAGGUUCACCAGAUCAUUCAAAGAAAAAAAGAAAAAGAGGAGGAGUUUCCAAACAACAAACGAGUGAACAAGAUCAAUCGGUUGCUCAAGAUUUAAAUAUGGUUUCUGAUUUGGCAUCAGUUUCAUUAAUCUUUUUUGAUAUGUUAUUAAAAAAUGAAGAAUCAAGAAGAUCAACUCUAAGUCAAAUAGAAUUAAUGCCAAGUAUAUUAACAGGGUUGGUUGAUUAUUUCCCAGUCAUUCAAAGAAAGUUGGCAUUAGAGGGUGGGUUAUCAAUUGAAAAGGAACAAGAGGAAAAGGAUGAAGAGGAACAACUAGGAAACUAUGACCAUCUCAUCCCAUUGGUUAGUAACAAAUUGUUAUUAUCUGGUUUUGUCAUGUAUGGUAAAUUCCUUUUCCAUAUUGAAGGUACAAGUGAAAAGGUUAUUCAAGAUUCUGGAUUAUUCCAAGAUUUAUUGGUUUGGGGUAGCACUAUAUUAAUUCCAUCACUAGAGGCAUUUAUUAAAACCAAAACAUCGAAUCUAUCAAAGAGAAAGAGAAGUUCAUCAAGUAGUAUUAAAAGUAGAUUAGAUGAUGAUGAUCAAGAUGAAGAUGACAAUGAUAAUGAAACGGAUAUUUUUAGAACAAUGGAAAAUUCAUUCCAUAUGGAUAUUGUUAGAAGUAUAUUGCAAUGGGAUUAUGCACUAAAACAACCAUUCUAUAAUCACGCCAAUGACGAUCAAGUCUUGUCAAAUGGUUCCAUUAAAUUAUUAAACAUCUUGUUUGAAAGUAUUUCAAUCAAUGCUGGCGGCGGCGGUGACGACGACGACGGACAAGAUGGCCAAGAAGGUCAAGAUCAACAAGUUGAUGACAAUAGUAGUAGUGGUAAAAAGAAAAAAGAUUGGUUUAAACUUUCAGAAUUGGUAACGCUCUUCCAAUCAAAGGGCACGAUAUCAACAUUGAUUGGAGUGUUUGUCGAGAUUGUGGCCAAGGAUAUAUUCAGCUUGAUCAAGACCAACUAUAGCAAUCGAUUAAUCCGAAACAUCGAACGACUUUCUCCAUCCUCUCUAUUUAUUUGCAAGUGUUUGGCCAGAUCUACAGCAAUCAUUUCCUCACUCUCUGACUAUAUUGCUCAGUACAUCAAGAAUGAGAAAAUGAGUAAACGAUCAGUUCAAUUUUCCCUAAAUUUAAUUUCCCUAAUCAUUUCAUCUGCAAAGAAAUUUUCAAAAAAUACUGAUAUUUCACCAUUACAUAAUAUAUUAAUUAAUUUCAUUGCCAAACUUCCUCACCAUGCCGAGGAGGAAACACUUUAUGCAGAGGAUGGAGAUGAUUUAUCAACCAUUACUAACAGUACUGACAAUAGCAAUAGCAAUAAUAAUAAUACGAUAACAUAUACACUAUUGGCUAAAUUUUCAAAUGAUCUAUUUAAUUUAUCAACAUCUUCAAAAUCGACAACAAAACCAACAUCCACCUCUAAAAGAAAAUCAAAAAAGGAUAAACAAGAAGAAGAAAAGGAAAAGGAAAUUGAAAAAGAAAAACAAGGUGAUAAAAUGCCUAAAUUCAUUCAAGAAGAUGACGACGACAAUGAUCAACAAAAUAAUCAAGAUCAUGAUGAUAUAAUACUAGAUGAAGAGAUUGAUGAUAAUGAAGAAGAAGAAGAAGAAGAAGAAGAAGAAGAAGAAGAAGAAGAAGAGAAGACAAAAAACCAAAACGGAAAAAGAAAAUCGAGAUGA